AUGGCGACGGCAUGGGUGCGGUCCCUCAGCUGCAGGUCCUACGGCGUGGCGGACGCCGUCGUCGCGCCGUCCCCGAGCAAGAAGGCGCAGCAGGCCCAGCCGCUUCUCCCCGUCUCGUGCGGCGCCGCGGCGGACGUGCGGGACUCCGUGUCGUCCGCGCGGCAGGCCUGGAAGCAGCAGAAGCCGCGCCGGGAGCGGCGGAGGGACGGGCAGGAGAGGCAGCAGGAGUUGGCGAGACCGCGGCCCAAGAAGAAGCCCAAGCAGACGGCGGCCGCCUUCAUGCCGUCGCCCGCCACCGCGCCCGCGAGCUCGGCGUUCCUGACGAUGGCGGAGCUGCCGGAGGGCCACUCGUCGCGGCAGGUGGUGGAGCUCAUCUUCUCGUCCGGCUGGGACCUGGCCACCGCCGCGGCACCGCCGGAGGUGGAGGCGAUGUUCCGGGUGCACAGCGGCGCGCGGGCGGUGGCACGGUUCGAGGAGGCCAGGGCGGCGGCACGCGCGCACGGCGCCGCGGCCCGGUGCGGCGCCGACGGCAAUGAGAUGAUGCGCUUCCAGUGCCGCCCGGCCGCGGGCGCGGGCGUGGGCGGCGUCUUCGGUGCUGGCGUCGCCACCUGCCAACUCGGCCCGUCCGGCUCCGCGGUGCGCACCUUCGCCUGCAGCGGCACCGCGCACGCCAGAGCCGCGCCGUCGCCCGGCGCGGUUCGCAGGGCCAUGCUGGUGUGCCGCGUCAUCGCCGGGCGCGUCCGGCCGGCGCUGGGCGACGACCCGCAGGCGCUCCGGCACCGCUCCUCGCACUACGACUCCGUGGACAUGGGCAACGGCGAGCUCGUCGUCCUGGACAGCCGCGCCGUGCUCCCCUGCUUCCUCAUCGUCUACAAGGUCUAG